GCACGGCCCCGCCCACCGCUGCCUGCCUCGGCUGGCGCCAGCAGCCUCUUAGGCCUGAGCGAGAACGCACGGCGGGCGGGCGGGCGCCGCGGAAGCUUGAGCGCCGGCGCGGGCUGCUGGGCCCGGCACCCUUCGGCGUCCUCGGACAUGGUGGCCCCCGGCUCAGUGACCAGCCGGCUGGGCUCAGUGUUCCCCUUCCUGCUGGUCCUGGUGGACCUGCAGUACGAAGGUGCUGAAUGUGGAGUAAAUGCAGAUGUUGAGAAGCAUCUUGAAUUGGGCAAGAAGUUACUUGCAGCUGGUCAGCUGGCUGAUGCCCUAUCUCAGUUUCAUGCUGCAGUAGAUGGUGAUCCUGAUAACUAUAUUGCUUACUAUCGGAGAGCUACUGUCUUUCUAGCUAUGGGCAAAUCAAAAGCUGCACUUCCUGAUUUAACUAAAGUGAUUGAAUUGAAGAUGGAUUUCACUGCAGCAAGAUUACAGAGAGGUCAUUUAUUACUCAAACAAGGAAAACUUGAUGAAGCAGAAGAUGAUUUUAAAAAAGUGCUCAAAUCUAAUCCAAGUGAAAAUGAAGAAAAGGAAGCCCGGUCUCAGCUCACGAAGUCUGAUGAGAUGCAGCUUUUGCGCUCACAAGCACUUGAUGCUUUUGAAAGUGCAGACUAUGCGGCUGCUAUAACCUUCCUUGAUAAGAUGUUGGAGGUUUGUGUUUGGGAUGCUGAACUUCGGGAACUUCGAGCUGAAUGUUUUAUAAAAGAAGGGGAGCCUAGAAAAGCUAUAAGUGACUUAAAAGCUGCAUCAAAAUUGAAGAAUGAUAAUACUGAGGCAUUUUAUAAAAUCAGCACACUGUACUACCAACUAGGGGACCAUGAACUGUCCCUCAGUGAAGUUCGUGAAUGCCUUAAACUUGAUCAGGAUCAUAAAAGGUGCUUUGCGCACUAUAAACAAGUCAAGAAACUUAACAAGCUGAUUGAGUCAGCUGAAGAGCUUAUCAGAGAUGGCAGAUACACAGAUGCGACCAGCAAAUAUGAAUCAGUCAUGAAAACAGAGCCAAAUGUUGCUGAAUAUACAAUUCGUUCAAAAGAAAGGAUCUGCCACUGUUUUUCUAAGGAUGAGAAGCCUGUUGAGGCAAUUAGAGUGUGUUCUGAAGUUUUACAGGUGGAACCCGACAAUGUGAAUGCUCUGAAAGAUCGAGCAGAAGCCUAUUUAAUAGAAGAAAUGUAUGAUGAAGCUAUUCAGGAUUAUGAAACAGCUCAGGAACACAAUGAAAAUGAUCAACAGAUUCGGGAAGGUUUAGAGAAAGCACAAAGACUAUUGAAACAGUCGCAGAAACGAGAUUAUUAUAAAAUCUUGGGAGUAAAAAGAAAUGCCAAAAAACAAGAAAUCAUUAAAGCAUACAGAAAAUUAGCCCUACAGUGGCACCCAGAUAACUUCCAGAAUGAAGAAGAAAAGAAAAAAGCAGAGAAAAAGUUCAUUGAUAUAGCAGCUGCUAAAGAAGUCCUCUCAGAUCCAGAAAUGCGGAAGAAGUUCGAUGACGGAGAAGACCCCCUGGAUGCGGAGAGCCAGCAAGGAGGCGGCGGCAACCCUUUCCACAGGAGCUGGAACUCGUGGCAGGGGUUCAAUCCCUUCAGCUCCGGCGGACCGUUUAGAUUCAAAUUCCACUUCAAUUAAACCAUUUUUCUGCUCUUCUUCCUUAAUAUUUUUAAAGAUUAAAAACAAAGAAACCUUG